UCACCUACCUCCAAAACCCGCAGAUGACCAAAACAGCCUUGAUUCCCAAUUCGGAGAUUUCUCCCUCUUUUGGUCACGCUCUUUCCCCGCGAUCAGACCACUGUAACCUCCAGUAACUGUCUCUCACAAUCUAAUCCGGCGAAGAUGAUACCGCCGGAGCUUCAAGCUCGACCGUUUCGACCUUACAUAGCAUCCUCCGCAAGUGCCCCUGCUUUCUCCUCCCUCAACAAUGGCCGCGCUUACUCCCCUGACUCAAAUCCUAGCCCUAAUAGCCACUUCCGUUCCCCUUCUUCUUCCUCCUCCGCUCCUUCUAGAUCUCGUUUCUUGCCUUCUUCCUUUGCUCACAACACCAGAAUUGCCAUCGCUCUCGUCCCCUGUGCUGCCUUCCUUCUCGACCUCGGUGGCGCCCCCGUGGUGGCUACCCUAACCCUUGGCCUCAUGGUCGCUUACAUCCUUGAUUCCCUCAACCUCAAAUCUGGAGCAUUUUUUGGAGUCUGGUUCUCUCUAAUCGCAGCUCAGAUUGCCUUCUUCUUCAGCUCCUCCCUAAUCACCACAUUCUAUUCUGUCCCUCUCGGCUUCCUCGCUGCUUUACUUUGCGCCUUCGCCAAUUUUCUAAUCGGGGUAUGGGCCUCCCUCCAGUUCAAGUGGAUCCAACUGGAAAACCCUACUAUCGUUCUCGCUCUCGAGCGCCUUUUGUUCGCCUGCGUCCCUUUCAUCGCUUCCGCCAUGUUCACCUGGGCCACCAUCUCCGCCGUUGGGAUGAAUAACGCUUCUUACUAUCUCAUGGCCUUCAAUUGCAUUUUCUAUUGGCUUUUUGCAAUUCCUCGAGUUUCUUCCUUCAAAUCCAAACAGGAAGCGAAAUAUCAUGGGGGAGAGGUUCCCGAUGAUAAUUUUAUCCUCUCUCCUCUCGAGAGUUGUUUUCAUACUUUGAACUUGCUAUUCUUUCCUUUGAUGUUUCAUAUUGCGUCUCACUAUUCCGUAAUAUUUUCUUCGGCUGCUUCUGUUUGUGAUUUGUUUCUUCUGUUCUUCAUCCCUUUCUUGUUCCAACUUUAUGCGUCUACUAGGGGCGCGCUUUGGUGGGUUACUAAGCAUGCGCAUCAGAUGCAUAGUAUACGCGUUGUAAAUGGUGCUAUUGCUUUGGUUGUGGUUGUGCUAUGUUUGGAGGUUAGAGUAGUUUUCCAUUCAUUUGGGCGGUAUAUUCAGGUUCCUCCGCCACUUAAUUAUGUCCUUGUGACCCUGACUAUGCUUGGAGGGGCUGCUGGAGCUGGUGCUUAUGCUCUGGGUAUGAUUUCUGAUGCGUUCAGCUCUGUAGCUUUUACUGCUUUGACUGUAAUGGUCAGUGCUGCUGGAGCAAUCGUUGUGGGAUUUCCCAUGUUGUUCCUUCCACUGCCUUCAGUCGCUGGCUUUUAUUUAGCUCGCUUUUUCACAAAGAAGAGCUUGGCAUCAUACUUUGCUUUUGUAGCACUUGGGAGCUUGAUGGUCAUAUGGUUUGUUCUGCAUAAUUUCUGGGAUUUGAAUAUUUGGUUGGCAGGCAUGUCCUUGAAGUCCUUUUGCAAACUCAUAGUUGCAAGUGUCAUCCUAGCCAUGGCUAUUCCUGGUUUAGCUGUUCUUCCAUCAAAACUUCAUUUCUUGGUUGAGGUUGGUUUGGUCAGCCAUGCAUUGCUGUUAUGCCAUAUUGAGAAUCGUUUUUUUAAUUACUCGGGCAUAUACUUCUAUGGAUUGGAGGACGAUGUGAUGUACCCAAGCUAUAUGGUAAUUAUGACAACUUUUGUGGGUUUGGCUUUAGCGAGAAGACUAUCUGUGGAUCAUCGGAUUGGACCCAAAGCAGUUUGGAUUUUGACAUGCCUUUAUUCUUCGAAGUUGGCCAUGCUGUUUAUUUCGUCAAAAUCUGUUGUAUGGGUUUCAGCUGUGCUAUUACUGGCCGUUACUCCCCCAUUACUGCUUUACAAGGAUAAGUCACGAACAGUGUCAAGGAUGAAACCAUGGCAAGGUUGUGUACAUGCUGGUGUGGUUGCUGUGUCAGUUUGGUUUUGCCGCGAAACUAUUUUUGAAGCUCUCCAAUGGUGGAAUGGAAGGCCUCCCUCAGAUGGUUUACUUUUGGGCUUUUGUAUUGUCUUGACUGGAUUGGCUUGUGUGCCAAUUGUUGUUCUGCACUUCUCUCAUGUCCUGUCUGCAAAGAGAUGCCUAGUGCUAGUGGUGGCAACAGGUGCAUUAUUUAUUUUAAUGCAGCCACCAAUACCAUUAGCGUGGACUUAUCAUUCUGACAUAAUCAAAGCAGCUCGUCAGUCAUCUGAUGACAUCUCCAUCUAUGGCUUCAUGGCAUCAAAACCUACUUGGCCAUCUUGGCUGCUUAUCACAGCAAUUCUACUCACCUUAGCAGCUCUGACAUCUAUCAUACCCAUAAAGUAUGUGGUAGAGCUAAGAGCAUUUUACUCCAUCGCAGUUGGAAUUGCUCUUGGAAUAUAUAUAUCAGCCGAGUACUUCCUGCAAGCUGCUGUUCUGCAUGCCCUCAUUGUUGUAACCAUGGUCUGCACCUGUGUGUUUGUUGUAUUCACCCAUUUUCCAUCUGCUUCAAGCACAAAGCUGCUCCCAUGGGUAUUUGCUUUACUUGUAGCUCUCUUUCCUGUGACAUACCUGUUGGAAGGUCAGGUUAGAAUCAAAAGCAUCCUUGAAGAUGGUCGAGUUGCAGACAUGGUAGAAGAAGAUAGGAAGCUUACAACUCUACUGGCGGUUGAGGGGGCAAGGACCUCUCUUCUUGGUUUAUAUGCAGCAAUCUUUAUGCUUAUAGCACUGGAGAUUAAGUUUGAACUUGCCUCACUUAUGCGGGAAAAGUCUCUUGAAAGGGGUGGAAUUAGACAUAGCCAAUCCAGUCAAAGCAGUUCUGCUAGUUUUGCUCCACGAAUGAGGUUCAUGCAGCAACGCAGGGCUUCAACUGUGCCAACCUUCACAAUCAAGAGAAUGGCAGCAGAGGGUGCCUGGAUGCCUGCAGUUGGUAACGUUGCUACAAUAAUGUGCUUUGCUAUAUGCCUGAUCCUGAAUGUCAAUCUGACUGGAGGAUCAAAUCAAGCAAUAUUCUUUCUUGCUCCAAUUUUGCUGCUUCUGAACCAGGACUCUGAUUUUGUGGCUGGUUUUGGGGACAAACAGAGGUACUUCCCUGUUGCAGUGGCUAUAUCAGCCUAUUUGGUAUUGACGGCCCUAUACAGCAUUUGGGAAGAUGUGUGGCAUGGGAAUACUGGGUGGGGCCUGGAGAUUGGGGGUCCUGAUUGGUUCUUUGCAGUAAAGAAUCUAGCUCUUCUCAUUCUAACGUUCCCUAGUCAUAUCCUGUUCAACAGGUUCGUGUGGAGUUAUACAAAGCAGACAGACUGGACGCCACUGAUAACGGUGCCCCUUAAUCUCCCAUCCAUCAUAAUAUCAGAUGUGAUUAAGAUUAAGAUAUUGGGGAUAUUAGGAAUUAUUUAUACGGUAGCCCAGACUAUAAUCUCUAGACAGCAAUAUAUCUCGGGAAUGAAGUAUAUUUAGACAAAUACAAACUGUACAAUACUGUUGCCACCUCUAGAACUAGGCAUCCUCUUUUGGAGUAUGUUUCUGGCAAAUUUUCAAGUGAGAUUUGUUACAUUUCAGGUUCCAAGUUGCUCUUAAUUCUAUUUUGUGCUUAACUUCAUUGUUUGCA